AUGAAUGCAUCCCGUUCGAGUGGGAAAUUGCCAAGACUCGAUAUUGAGAAGUCCCAUGUACGGAGGGUGGGGGGAGAAUUGUUAUACAUUUGGAUCUUUACAUUCAUCAUGAUAUCUGGUCUUCUUAUAUUCAAUCAGAAAGGCGAGAACCUCAUAUUUCGCUCGUAUCGGCAAGAUUGUCGUCCGAGACUUGCGGAUGUUUUUCGAAUUCAAGUCAUAUCUAACCCUGCAGUACGCUCGCCCAUUCUUACGCUUGGCUCAACGACUUUCUCGCAUGUGAAGCAUGAGAACAUAUAUCUGGUGGCAGUCACCAAAAGCAAUGCCAAUGCUGCCCUCAUAUUUGAAGUUUUGGGGAAGCUGGUGAGCUUGGGGAGGAGCUACUUUGGGAAAUUCGAUGAAGAGGCCGUGAAAUGCAACUUUGUGCUUGUGUAUGAGCUGUUGGAUGGUACGUUGCAGCUUUCGAGUCUCGAAUGCUACAUCAUCGUGCGGUGUGACAAGUCUUUGGAUAGCUUUUGA